UUUAACAGAACGUACUAACAGAACGAAUCGCAGACAGUUCACUAACAGAAUGAAUCGCAUUAUAUUGGUGAAAACGAAUAGUGCUCCGCUUAUAUCUUGAAAAAGAAAGGAUAAAACGUAAAUCUAAUAUUACUAUUGCUGUAUUUGUUGUAAUAUAACUAGAGAUAAAAAAGUAAAAUAGUAAAAUGAAGAAAAAGCAUAUCAAUAACGUUCAAACGUCAAUGGUGAAUGAACAUUAUGAAUUAUUAUUGAAAGACAAAAAUUUAAUCAACUCCAAAUUCAUCAAUACAGCAACACUUGACGAUUUGCCAGAUUGGUAUGAUGAAAAAUUAUUUAGAGAAGCUCAAAACUACUAUAAGCGAAAUAUGGUAGUAAUUGUAUUAACUAGCUUUAUGGGACUUUUUGCAAUAAUAUCAAUCCCAGAUAUAUUAAAGGUUCUUAUAUACACCAAAAAAAGUAAUAUGCCUUAUGUGGCUUUCAACAGAUAUGUCCAAACAUUAUUGCACAUACACAACUUAUAUACAUGCAAUCCAAAUAAUUCCAAUUCUAAUUGGUAUAAGACAAUAAACAGAAUACGUUGGCAACAUAAGACAAACAGCAAAAGAUCAAUAAAUGCCAAUAUCGGAGGAAUUUAUGAAAAAAAUAUGGCACUCACACAAUUUGCUUUUGUGGGAUAUGUUCUUACUGCGCCUAAAUCUGUCGGAUUGCGCAAUACACUCGAAGAAGAAGAAGCGUUUAUUCAUCUCUGGCGUGUAGUAGGCUAUAUGCUAGGAAUUCCUGAUAAAUUAAACAUAUGUCGUAAAACUGUAGAGGAAACUCGCGAAUUAUGUCAAAAGAUAAGCAACGGUAUUUUGGUAAAUUAUUUGAAUGAAGCUCCAUCUGAUUUCUAUUCCAUAGUGUCAAGCAUUACACAUGGACUAUGGUAUAUUGACUUAACUUUGGAUAAAGAUGCUCUUCUAGCAUUUACUUAUCGGCUACAUGGUAUCAAAUAUAAUGUGCCUCUUAAGUGGUACAGUUGGCUAAACAUGAACUAUCGUGAUCUGAUACUUUAUUUAUGUCUUGUACCUUAUGUCGGAACAAUUGUGAAAAUUUAUUAUAACUAUUUACUUAUGUUCACGCUCUGGCUCGUACAAAAAUGGCCCAUACAUGCAUGGAUAUCAUUUGGAAAAGAAAAGUGCCAAAUUAAGCUAUAUCCUAAUUAGGCUAUAUUCUAAAUAUUUAUAAUUUUGUACCAGAAAUUCAUUAUAUUUGCCAAAGCUAUA